UGCUUUUGUCUUGAUUCAUGAACAAUUAAUCAGUUUUGGCAAUCUUUUUUAGAUUUAUAAUUAAUCUUUGCAUAAAUAUGAUUUGAAAUUUGUCUCUGCUGUGUUUGAAUGUUAUACAAUGCUUGCAAAUGCAACUUGUUGCUUUUGCUUCAACUUCAGAUUGCCUCAAUUUAUUCCUAGCUGCAGCCUAUAUUCUUCUUUGUCCAAGGACGUAUUGUGAACAUGACGAUACAAGAAUUUGUCUGGAGGUUGAUCCAUGGUUGUGUUUAGCUUUGUCCAAUUACUAUUUUGUUAGAAUUGCCUUGAGAGUAUGUCUACUGAAGAUGGUUAGAGCAUAUUCUCAAGAACACACAUACAAGCAUCCAUGGGAACGAGUAACAGCUGCGUCGUGGCGCAAAUUUGCUGACCCUGAGAACAAACGCACGCUGUCUCACAUUGUCGAGGUUGAUACACUGAGCCACAAGCUCGAACGUAGCUCUGGCAAGCUGUACACUACUCGAGCUAUAACUGUCCAUGCUCCUGGGCCAUGGUUCCUUCGUAAGAUGAUCGGCCAGGAUAUCUGUCACUGCGUUGAAUCAACUGUCGUGGAUGCACAAGCCCGGUCGAUGCAGCUAGCCACUCGCAAUAUCAGCCUCGAGAAGUUCCUUGAAGUGGAGGAGAAGAUUAGGUACGAUCCCCAUCCGGAGGAUCCAGUUGGAUGGACCAUAUGCCGGCAGGAGACAAGGAUCACGAUAAAGCCCCUGUCAGCACUUGCCACGAUGGCCGAGAAGAUCGAGCAGAAGUGCGUGGAGAAGUUCCAGCACAACAGUGCUAAGGGGAGAGAGGUUAUGGAGAGGAUCUGCAAGUAUCUUGAAGCUGAAUCUAGGGGCAUUUCUGCUUGAUUUUGAUGUUAAUCUUGAGGUAAUUUCUGCCUUUGUUUUUCAGUUUAACUUGAUGCAUCUUCGGUAGAGGAAUUUACCGGUGAGGAUGUUGUUGUAUAUCCGGUUUUGUUUAGUCGAUCUAAUUGAAAAUAAUAGGACAUCUUGGUCCCUCUUUUCGUGACCAAGAAAAGAUGAAAUAAAAUGAAAUAGAAUCUUCUUAUGCUA